AUGGCGACGUUCCAGAUUGACUCGUUAGACAUGGGCUCGGAGCCGGGGGUAUCCGUAAGCCAUGCCUUGGACAGGUCGCCUUUCCCCUUUACCAUCUUCAACUCCUCGAGCUCGUUACGGCGGGAGGACAAUGCACGCAGAGAAGAACUCAGUUUCUACUCAUCUCACAGUGCUUCGAGAGACCAAGCUUCGUGCGGCCACUCCUUCAGCGGUCAACAUCCGUCCCCGGGCUGUUCCACCACAGGCGCGACACACUACCAGGACGAUGGCCGCAAUGCAUUUCUCCACUCCACUCCCUCUCAAGCCUAUCCCUCUGCACUGGCGCCUGAGUUUUCCUUCUCAGCGGAAGAGGCGCGCAGCGCUGUGGGCUACUGCCUCCCGAACAUGCAACGUGAACAUGGAGGCAGCUGUUCAGAAAGCGGAGGGGUGGACCCGUCUCGUCUCGUUCAGCCGUGUUCAUCGAAUCAGUACUCGUCUGGCAGCCAACCGGCGCCGCUCUGGUUCCAAACGCAGGCGCCUCCUGCAGGCGACUCGGCUGCUCAGUCCUACGGAUACGUUUUCCCAGCCUCUCAAGGAGUUGCCCAUAGUUUUUCGGAAGAUGCAGCAAAGCAAAAACUGGAGAGGGGCGACAGGGGCCGCCACUUCGGCGCGCCGCUCUCUCAAUUAUCUUCAGCAGUUUCGGAUACCUCCUGUUCUGCCUACACUGCGCAUUACGGCACGAACGCGUCGGUUAUCUGCAAUCCGCAGGAGCGCGACAGAGAAGAAGAUCCCGACUCGCCUUCUUACGUCGCGUCACUUUCAUUUCCUCCAGUUUCUCAAGGAAGCCAGGGAGGCGAGGCCCACGCGUUUCACACCAGUGCUACGCGAAACGGAAUGCGGAAGAGGGGAGGAGAGGACUCGACAGGCGAGGCGGCGACGCCCGGAGAACAACCUAGGCAGGGGGACAACCCCGGGAGGUCAAGCGACUUUGGCACAGAGAACUCGCUGAAGGCUGCUGCGGAGGAGUUGUAUUCGAAGUUUCAUCUUUCCGAGUCCGUUCAACGGCACAGACCGUCACUAGCUUUUGGACACAAUGAAGGCGCUGGAAAGGGCAAAACGCGGGCGCAUCCUUAUUCGCUUCCUGGACGGUCGGCGUGCAGUGGAUGGCCGGUGUCAUCCGUGCCCGCGUUCUCUCUCCCACGCUCCGCUUCCGUAACGCGCAGACAGGCCGAGAAGGAAGGCUCCGGCGAGCAAGAAGAGAGGGAAGUGGCAGACCGGCUGACUUUGGGAGACUGCCUGCAGUCAGGGUUUCCUCUUUCUUCUGACAUGCGGCUCGCCAUCAAAGGGGAAGGCGCCGGGCCUUCCUCAGGUGGAAGCUGCCGGUUAGAGGGGUACACGUUGUCGCGUAAACCGACGGAAAGCACUACCCAUCCGAGCUUCUCUUCUUCCUCGUCUCAGUCGUUCAGUCCGCCCCUCUCCUCCAGCCGCGGAAGCCCUCGACUGGAGCCUAAGGCCGCGCCAGUGCAGCUGCCUGAGGAAGAGCGCGAGCGCGGGGCAGAAGAGAACAACUUUUUAGGGUUCGUUCUUCCGCCUCGACAAGAGCAGGAAAGACACGGCGCGUCGCUUUUCUCAGGUGCUUUGCAGAUGCAGAUGACAGUGGUAGGGGAGGGUGAGGAGAGACAGGCGACCGCAACGCGCACAGCUGCUCCAGGUGAGCAGAGGGACGCGCAAGGGGAAGAGAAGCGGGGGCAAGGUGCUGACAACGCCGUCCACGCGCAGCCCGGACCGCCUGUGCAGGCAGUGGAGGACGACGCAGAGAGAGGACACGAAGGAGAGGGGCAAGGCGCCUCGCGAGAGUGCUUCGGGGCGGACCGACAAGCAGAGGACGAAGGUGACGCAAAUCGGAGGAGUCUGGAGGGAGACGCUGUGACGUCGACCAAGCGAAAGCGCGGGUCGCCACAGCCGGCGAAGAUGUACUUCCACAAGAAAAAGGAAGCCUGGCGCGCCGAGGUUCUCAUCGAUGGCACCAAACGCCAAAAGAGUUUCUCCUGCAAGAUGUACGGGGAGCCGCGCGCGCGGAUGCUCUGCGAGUGGGCCCGACGCUUCGCCCGCGACUUCGGCCGUCUCCCCUCCAAUCAGGAUGUGGCCAACUACAUUCCGUGUCUGUCGGAGUGUCCGCCUGCCCCUCGAAGUGGAAGUCCAGCGGAGUCUUCGAAACCAGAAGGAUCGCCCUAUCCUCCUUCGUUCUCCUUCUCGUCCGGCGCGUCCUUCCCUGAGAACGAUGCCGACAAGUACCGCGGCAGCUGUUGGGGAAACCCGUCGCCUCCGGCUGCACAUCCUCAAGGUGUGCCGUACGGGAACGAGGGAAGGUAUCCGUUCUUUUCCAACGCGUCGCCAGGAGUUCCUGACGGCGUUCACGUCCCAUCCCUGAUGCACAUGUCCUACGGGAGCAGUCCACCACACGGACAAAGCAGCGAGUUCUCUUCCUUCCCGCCGCCAGAGAGGUGGAGAGAGAUGGACGCCAGGGAGAUGUGGGCACCCCCGCAUUCCGGACGCGAAGGCGCCGGAAACAUCGAGAGAACCCAGACCGACAAGGCGGCUCAGGGCCGCGCCGACUGCCCGUACAGUCCCUACGGCCAGAUGCCUCAGCCAAGCUUCUACCCGGCGACGGGCAUGGAAAGGCCGCAGCACGAGUGCUGGAAGUUCCCCGUCCAGGCCGAACCGUUUCCGACGGAGGCUCCCGCGUGGUCGAGCCGACCUGAGGCCUUCUCGGGCGACGCUUCCCACCAGGUGCCCGCGUGGCCCGACUCGUGGCGAAGGGAAGAUGGGACACGCGCCUCGGAGACCGUUUUCUCGUCAGGUCCGGCCGCGCUCGGGUGGCCUCCCGCAGUGGGUGCAGCCGGAGAAGACGCGCAGAGACGCUUCGCAGGUGCUCAAGACGCGAGGUCCCGCGGGGUGGCGCCGGCGGCGAGCGAGACGCACGAGCAAGGCGGAGGCUUUCGCGGGUCGCCUCCGGAACACUGCGCGGACGCGAACGCGCCGUCGUUCGCGCGACAGCCCCUCAACGCCGCGGAGGCCGUAGGGCAGGAGCGCAUGCGCAGGGAACGAGAGGAGAGAAUGCGGCUGGGGGGGGGACUCGCGGGGCAGCCUCUGACAGGCGACGGGGGAGCGGGACAGAACUUUAGCCACUUGGGCGUCUCAGGCAGUCACGCUGGGCCGGGGACCCCCGGUGGACCAAGAGCGUCUCCGCCUCAGAGCGUGAAUGCGUCUUUCCAGAUGUACGCUCCGUCUGGUGGACAUCAGCCCGAGGGGUCGCCGCAGGUGUACCCCGAGGAGGCUCGGGCGAGUGCCCAGUACCCUCAGACCCCGGAGGGGAAGUCCGCGCAGCAACUCCCGUCGACGUCGUGUCCGCCCUCGCCGUUCUCGUCGUCGACAUGUGCUGGGACGACUGUGGCGUCGUUCCCUUCCUCCUCUGGUUCCGCCGGCGUCCCUGCGUCUUCGCUGUUGCCUGCAUCGGCCGAUAUUCCGUUCUCACCGUUCCCCUCGCCGUUCAUCUCCGACGGGCCGUUCCCGCCCGUUCCGUUUUCAUCGCGCUACAGAGGCAUCGGCGACGAGGCGUUCCUGGGACCUUCGUACUCUGUGUCUUCAGGCGAGGCGCCGGGAUCCCGUCCGCCGUGUGAUGCAGCCUUGCCCUACUUUCCUUCGCGUCUGCAGUCCCAGCAGGGGCCCUUGCCCUUUUACCCCUCGCCAGCUUCGGCCCGUCCCCCGCCUGGCCCAUCCACAGACUCGGGCAUGUUUUACCACGCUUCCCUCUCGAGCGUUUCGCCUGCGUUCUACGGCCCGCAGGUCUACGAGCGAGCUCCUGGCGUUUUCGUGGCCGGGCACGUUUCGCGGCCGCUGCUCAGCGCUGUCGAGCUCGCGGCAGAUGUCGCGGCGAUGUCUCUAUUCAGUCUGGAGAAGCAGUCCUUUGAGUCGCUCGUCUCGCAGACGCUCGAGGACCUGAAGCGCGAGGAGGGCGCAGCGGCGUCGGCGCCGGCCUUUCCCUCGUCUGUCGACGGAAAAGCGGCGCCGUCCUUCAGCCUCCCCCUCCCUCUGCUCCUCCACGCAAGCAGCCUCUUGGACCAGAUGGAAGACCCGUUUUCGGGAUUCUCCCUCGAUCCCUGGGGCCAGGCCUUCGCAGCGAUUCUGCCGGCGACCAGCGACUACCAGCGGCCCUUUCCUUCUGCUGGAACCCCCUCGGGGCUUCCGCACGGGCGCCCCACAAACGGCGGAACGUUCAUCGCCGCGCCGGAGGCGGGACCACCUGCGGCCGCCGACCCCGGCCGCGAAGGCGCUAACGCGGAGUUGCGUGCGCAGGCCGUCGCGCAGGCGGGACAAAACAAGCGACGCACUGGUGGACCUCGAGAGAGGAGCGUCGGAGAUCCCGGAAAGAACGCAGGGAGUGGAACAGACUCUGACAGGGGGCGACACCUAGGCGCAGCCGGGGACGGCCGCUUCGGCGAGCAAGACGGAAAGGAAGAGAGCCGAAACUCGAGUGCGUGCGGGGACGCCGAUGCCAAAGGCUUCACCGCGUUUGUGCAGAAGCGCAGGGAAAUGAACAUCGCAGCUGGGGCCCGAUUCGAGGAACUGGACGGCCUCAAAAACCUCACCAGACCUCGUGGCGGCCGAACCAAACGGUUCAACGUGGGGAAGAAACCCUUCAGUGGGGUUCGCGGUAUCUACUUUCAGCAGGGGGCCUGGAAGGUUCGUUACCGAGGCGACCAGGAGGAGGUUUUGAAAGUCUUUCCUUACGUCAAUGGGGAUUUCGACAGCAUGUGGGUACAAUUCUCGCUCGCGCGGCAGUUCCUCCGCCAAGUUAUCGCCAAAGGCCGCCAGCUACACGACAGCGACGGAGAGGGCUUGUCUGACGAAGAGCCGGCUUGGAUUCUGAGACGCGACGCAGCGAGCGCCAACAGCGCGAGCCGCCGCGCCGAGUUGGGGCGUUCUCGGCGAGGACACCAGUCUUCUUCGCGUUCGUCUUCGUUGUCGGCGUCUCAGCCGCGCCAAGGCUCUUCGGAGGCAUCUGGCGCGGACGCCCCCUUGACGAGCUCCAUGCGAACACGCCGACACGAACUCGCGUCUGCCGACGGCUUGGGCCCGCAAAAGGGCGAGGCUCCGUCGUCCCCGACGUUUCUCGGUCCCCGCGGUGUCUCCGGACCGGACGACGCCGUGCGUGCGCCUGAGCAUCACACUGGCGAGCUCCGGUCCGAGGAGGCGAGCGACGCCUCGGUCUACCCUUUUCUGCCCGGAAGCAGCAAGCCCCAAGAGAGGCAGGCAGGGCGGAGCCAAGGCGGAGGAUGCAGUCGGCGGCUGGAGGCUGCAGUCGAGAGUUUGCGUCCGAUCUCGCGCACAGAUUUUUUUGAGCCGAUUUUCUUUCCCGCGCUCUUUGGUCCCACCAGCGAGAAGUGGGGCGCGCGCGCCGAGAGCGUGAAGGAUGAAGUGAAGGCGUUGGAGCAGAAGCGGUGCGCCGCGGCGCCCGAACUCGGAAGGCCCGCAGGAGUCAGUGGGGACGCCUCGGCGGAGCUGAGGCGCGGGGCGGAGAAGAAGCGGGGCAGCGAGGACGGAGUCAGCAGGGACUGCCUCUCGCCCGGGGACAGUGAGGCCGCCGGCGAGAAGGCCUCGUGCGAAGGCGUGUUCUGCCAAGCUCGUGAAAAGAGAAGGAAAGUUUCCGAGAGCGGUCCAGGUGGGCAAAUCCCGGAACUGUGUGCAACGCAGGACCCUGUCGAGGUCAAGAAGGACGCGUUCUCGGAGCUCGGUCCGAUAGAAGGCGCGUGCGGGAGCAGAAAGGAGACAGAGGAGGCCGAGCUCGAAGAGACACCGACGCCUUCCCUUGGAUGCGGUGCGUCCGUGUCGUCCUUCCCUCGUUCGUUCGGCUCACCGUUCGCGGAGGAAGGGAGUGCGUCGCCGCACGGGGAGAAAGAAUGCGCAGAGAGCCGAUCGCAGCUGGAAGGAGACAGGCCCGCGACGCCGGUCGAAGCCUUCGAGGCGCUGGCUCGGGACUCCGUCAGCGACAAGCCGGCGCUUCCCCCCACGCCGUUGUCUCGCGAGAAAGAGUUCCAGUUAGUCGCAUCCUAUCCGUGGGACGUUACGGGCGCGCUGAGCAAGGGGCGAGCCGAGUGGCAAACGCUCCCUCAUUUGCCUCUCUUGUUGCAGGAUCGCCACGACCGCGUUCUCGCCUCGUCGUUCUCCUGGUCAUUUUAA